AUGGAAGAAAAACACGAGGCAAACGAGGUGGGGAAGAAUGGGCGUCCUCGGAAGCUCAAUAGCCAACAAGCGAUAGAAAGACGCCGUUCACAGCUACGUAUGGCGCAGCGAGCGUAUCGCAUGCGAAAAGAAAACACCACUUGCAACCUGCAGGAUCGUGUUCACGAGCUUGAGGAUGGCAUUGAGAAGCUCAGCCAGUCAUUUCUCGGGUUCACUGAUCUCCUUUUAGAAACUGGUCUGCUUGAAAAGCAGUCGCACAUCACGUUAGCCCUCCGCAAAAUAACACAGCAAUACCUUGCGCUGGCUGAGACUGGAUAUGCGGGCCCUCAUGAAGGGGAAGCUGUUGGUGCCACUUCAUCCACUGCCUUCGACAAGGACGAAACACUUAGUAGCCCAAGGGUGCCGUCGAAUGAAAGAGCUCCUAUUGGACCCUCAUCGACACCGAUGGGAUGUUCUGAGCUGCCGUCCUUAUACCCACAACCACCCCUUUAUCAGUGUGAACUGACACCCCCAAUCAAUGCUUUCAUGGCUUCGCGCGCUAAUGAGUCGCCCCUUCCGCUAUCAUCAUUACCGGGUCACCCCCCAGACAUUUCUCUGGCUAGCUCGAUCAAAGACCAACAGUGGACUUUCUCACAGUAUCUAGUAAAGGCAUGCUGUCAGAAUGGGUAUCAGCUUCUUGUCGACACCCCGAACGACUUCGUCAAGAUUCAAGAUGUUUUUGGGACAUAUUUACCUCCAACCGAGCGCAAGAACUUUAUUUCCUGUUUUCAUGCUGGAAUGCAUGACAACACUGGAAACCUUAUUGAUCUCAUGGCCACUGCACUUGCCCCAUCGCGUCCCGAGGGGGAAUGUUAUGCCUCGGAAGGUCUUGCGACCCCAACUGAGGGACUGGGAUCCAUCUUCGCAUCCUCGGCCGGCGAAUGGUUAGAUGCUAGUGGUGUACAGGGGUUCAUCAGCGCGAAGGGAUUCUGCACCCAGGAGAAUGGUCGCUCAUUAUCUCGCUCAUUUAUUUCGUCGCUUCACGUUGCUGCGCUUAUUCAAUACCUCGCCAAUGAGUGUAUCUGCUUCGGACAUGGUCCUGCUUUUCGACGUCAAACUGUGGAGGCUGCAUUGCGCCUGGCAAGAACAAUAUGA